AUGCCCAUUACGCAGAAAGGACCACAUGUUCAAAUGCUCCAUGCUGAAUGGGUCAAACCUCGCGAGAGACCAACACUCGAAGAAGCAGAAGCGCAUAUCCACAAACUCUAUGAUUCGGGAAAGCUUUUCUUCACGAAAAAGGCCAUCCGUGACCUUUGGGCGCAGUGCCAACGAAACUCGGAAUACGGCGAUAAAAUCACCACUAUAGAUCUCAACGGCGACGAAGUCGAGCUCGAGGCUUACACUGGACAAAUCAAACACCAUUUCGACAAGAACGAUGAGAGAUGUUUCUAUGUAUACAAAGAACUCGAAAUCAGAUACGAAACGCGCGCAGGAAUGCUGAGCUGUCUCCGAUGGAGCGAGCACACGAAUUCCCAGAUCUACUGUUCCCUCCAGGUCUGCCAGCGGACACACCUCAUCCACCCAGAGACGAAGGAACUGCUCCCUCCAUACCCGACCGUCGAGCCGGAGGUUUCAGCGCAGCAUUUCGAGCAAUGCAUGCAAGAAUGGAAAGAUAGUCAGACGUGCUAUGACUUUCGGAAGCUGCUGUCGACCUUCGCGAAAGACCAUCAGAUCGACAAGAUUGUGGGCUUUGCGCUUGGCUCGAUGUCCUACCUGGAUAAAGGCCAGGGCGAUGAGAAGACCUACCAUUGCAGGCGGAGUGCGUCGCAGCAUGCGCUCCAACUUACUAUCAAGGAUUGGUUGUUUGAACGAAACAGGGGGUCUGCUGGGAGUGGGAGUGGGAGUGGAGGCAUUGCAUCCUAUGUGCAGGACCCGUGGUACACUGCCAUUGACAAGGGGAUAUUAACGAAAGCUGGACUUGAAGUCAUUGAUGAUCCGCGCGCAUGGUUAGAAGUCGAUGAGCAGUCUGUGGUGCUUUCUAUUGCGCCGAAUGUACCGGUCAAGGAGAUCCUUGCGGACCUUGCUCGGCCAGCGAUUUUUAUUUGGUGUCGAGUUACCGAGAAGAAUUAUAUCACCAAGGAGGAGGGGAGCUUAACUGAUCCUGACUCGCCUCGGGUGAGAAAGAUGCUCGAGGAGUAUGAUAUUCACGAGUUUGGGCCGGAUACGACGCUGUUCUCGGAUAUUGCAGUUUAUAUUCGGAAGUCGGCGGCUUGCGACAGAUUCAGUUGA